AUGAAUGAUUCCGAUUUGGGGGUUGUUUCGCAGUUUAUGGUUAAUUUGGAAGAGUUGGAUGUUAGUGAUCCUAAGGAUGAUUAUUGUGUAACUGGGGAUGGGGAUAUGGAUGUUUCUGGGGGUGGUUUAGGGAUUACUGAUGAUGGAAUUGAUCUGAUUGCUUCGAAGUUAACUAAGCUAAGGAAGGUUAAUUUGUCUGGAAAUUACUUUGUUUCUGAUAAAUCUGUGAUCAGUCUUUCAGAGAAAUGCUUGAAUUUGGAGGAGAUUGUAGUUAAGAAUUGUACUUUUGUUACUCAAGUUGGGAUGGCAUUUGCAUUUCAAAAUUGUAGGAAUUUGAAAUCUGUUGGUCUUUUAGGGAUGGACUUGGGUGUUCCUGAGAUUGCUCAUUCGUUUGCUUGUGCUCAGAACUUGUCUGUGCUUGAUUUUUCGUAUAUGGCUGUUUCGGAUGGAUUGCUGUUUUCGAUUGUCAAAGCUUCCAUUCCUUUGAGGAAGUUUACUUUGUACCAUUGUAAGGACUUUGCCUUUUCUGGGGUUUUGUCGCUUUUGCGUACUUAUCACUCCCUUGAAUAUUUGGCGUUGGAAGGUGUUUACUGGAUCACAGAUAGAACCAUAAUUGAUCUAUCGAAAUUCCUUCGUAAGGCUAAUACUGUUAAGCUUAAUUUCUGCUCAAGGGUGACGAGUUCUGGCUUUUUUACCAUGCUUAAAAAUUGCCCGUUGUUGGACAAUCUGGAAAUGGAGAAAACAGACAUGGGAAAGCAAGAAUUUGCUGUCAGUAAUGCUACCAACCCACAGACUCGAGCUCUUAUUUUGAGUUCCAACAAGACUUUGAGCAAUGAAUGUCUAGAAAAAAUUGCAUACUCCUGCCCAAACCUGGAGCUACUAGAUGUGAGUGAUUGUCCUAGUAUUACACGGAAAGGCAUUGGUGAAAUUUUACGCAACUGCCUUAGUUUGAAGCAUUUACAUAUGAAUGGAUGUGGGGCAAUUAAAAGUCUCGGCAUGGAUGCAAAACUUCGUAAAUUAGAAUAUCUCCGAGCAUCCGGGUCAGGGCUCAAUGAUGAAGGGUUGAUGAUGAUUGCAAAGAAGUGUCCUGCUCUUGUGUAUUUGGAUAUUAUGGGGUGCUCCGGAGUAACCUCCAAAGGAGUGAAAGAAGUGGUCUAUCAUUGUGUAAGGUUGAAGGAAAUCAACUUGAAUUGGUGUCGUGAAAUGAGUCGUGACAUUGUUGCUUGGAUGGUGUUCUCAAGGCCUUCGCUGAGGAAAAUAGUGCCUCCAUAUGGAUUUGUUCCAACUGAUUAUGAGAAGAGCUUAUUCCUGCGCCAUGGAUGUCUGGUAGGUGAAGGCUAA